AUGACACAAUCCGAGGGCGCCGAGCUCAAGAAGGGCAAGAAGACCAAGCACAGCCACCCCAACGGUCUCAGCGGAUCCAGCGACGGAAGCGAUGCCGAGACCGCGAGCCAGGCCAGCAGCAGCAAGCGGGGCAAGAAAGACAAGUCGAAGCGCAAGCGCGAGGGCGACGACGCCGAGCUCAACGGCAACUCCAAGAAACAUCGUCGUCCCAGCUUGAGCCGUCCGGCUCGCGAUCCCAGGGAUACCACAUCCUCCUCCUCCAAGAAGGUGAAGAAGCCCAAGAACGAGGGCGCCGUGACGAGGUCACCCAGCCCCGUUAUUGACUUUGAUGGCCUGAGUCGCCCGAGCAUUGGAACUCGCGAGCGACUUGAGGAGAGCCCGGAGCAGGCCGCCGCGAGACUUGAGAAGCUCAAGGGCGCCGUCCGCACCAUUCUCGAAUGCGUCGGCGAAGACCCCGACCGGCCCGGUAUCCUCGACACCCCGAGACGCUACGCCGAGGCCAUGCUCUUCUUCACCAAGGGCUACCAGCAAAACGUUCGCGACAUUGUCAACAACGCCAUUUUCCAGGAGGGCCACAAUGAGAUGGUCAUUGUCAAGGAUAUUGAGAUCUUCAGUCAAUGCGAGCACCAUCUCGUUCCCUUCACAGGCAAGAUGCACAUUGCCUACAUCCCCAAGAACCAAGUCAUUGGCCUGUCCAAGAUCCCGCGCAUUGCCGAGAUGUUUGCCAGACGUCUCCAGAUUCAGGAGCGCUUGACCAAGGAGGUGGCCAACGCUAUCAUGGAGAUCCUGAAGCCUCAGGGUGUUGCUGUUGUCAUGGAGUCCAGCCACCUGUGCAUGGUCAUGCGCGGAGUGCAGAAGACGACCACCAGCACAAUUACCAGCUGCGUGCUCGGCGCAUUCGAAAAGAAGGAGAAGACCAGGAACGAGUUCCUCAGCCUGGUGGGUCUGAAGACAUAG